UAUUUUAUUUAUAUGAACAUGAGUCUCGUGAUUUAUAAUAGUUAAUGUUUUGUAUAUUUCCCUAAAAUUGCUGAACCGCAUUUUUUGCAUGCAAUAAUCUCAAUACAACAAAUUAUUUUCUGACACAGUUGAACAUAAUUUGAAAUUGAAAUGGUAUCUUCCUCAAUAUGACUUUUUUCAUUUGCCAAAUUUGUGACGUUGAUGCACGCACCGGAAGCUUCAACCAGCUCUGCUCUCAAACAGUCCCCCAGUCAGGCGUGUAUUAAAAAUUCUAGGCCGCAAUGCUGCUGUGCCGACUGCACAGGAUGAAUAAACCCAGAGUGCGAUGUGACAAGUGGCUGCUGGCGAGUUGCUGCGCCCUGGCCGGUUUCUCCGUCUACCAACUGACGGUGCUCGAAAACGACCUGAGCGACGCCAAGGACCGCGUCCUAAAGGCUGCCCAGUUUCAGGUGAUGACAUAUCUCACAUCAAAUCUCCCGCAGCAGGUCAGGCAGUGGUAUUCCUAUUUACCUGAGGAAGUGGAAAUUUUGAACGAUUUGGAGCAAAAUGACGAUAGUUUGAUUGCGCACAUACGGAAAAGGGUGUUGGUGGCGCCUCCUGAGCCAAACGUGCCCUACACCCUUCAUCGCCAGGGCAAACCUUCCAACUCGACCCUGGUCAAAACCCUGUUGAAGGUUUUUCAAAACAAGAGUCGCGGGUAUUUUGUGGAAAGCAGGGCUUUGGACGGCGAGGACGCGUCUGUAACCCUGGAGUUGGAAAAAGAGAAAAGGUGGGAAGGGCUGCUGAUCGAGCCUGACCCCUCAAACUUCCAGAAGCUGCUGGCCACCAACCGCAAGAGUUGGCUCGCGCCCACCUGCCUCAGCCAAAACUCCCAACCUCUAUUAACGAAGAUUGCGGUGAGCGGCGUGAAAAGGGGGCAAGCCAGCGUUGACGUACACUGCUUACCCUUGAUGGCCUUACUGAGUGCCGCAAAUAGGACGGUCAUUGACCUGCUGCGCCUCGAUCUCAACGGCGACGAACUCGGCGUCCUCCAGUCCAUCACCUUUGACUCCACCUUCAUUGCUGCGAUUUCUGUGAAAUUUGCACACAGCCGUACAAGGAAAGAGACGCUGCGCGAGUUUGUAGAGAAGCAGGGCUACGUCCUUUUCAAGACCAACUCCACCGUCGACCUUUGGGCGGCAGAGGACUACCUAUUUGUCAAGGAGGAGAGUGGCUUGCCUAGAUUGUGAAAACCGCUGCCAAAUUAUAUUUGCAACAAAAAUACUCUUUUUCUUUUUGUGUAAAAAUACAAUCAAUUUAAUAAAUAUUCAA